UGACAGUGAUGACGCAGUAGAUCGUCGCGUAAUGAGCGUAAGCGGCACCUGAAUACAUUGGAAAAGGAAGUGUCCUGCCAUUACGGAUAAUAUGCGUCUUUACCAGAUUCGUGGUAAAUGUGACUAGUUUGGACGCAGAGCUUCCCGAUUCUACGCGUAUUUAGAAUCAACUCUCCUCCUGAAAGCAGCGGUGGCAGUUUUUUCUUCAGCUGGUUUGCUAGCAGGAAGCGCCAGACCGGACUCUCGCUAAAUCAGCGGAACUACGUUACCCAAUGAGCUGCCUAUUAUUUGCCUUUCUAAACGAGUUAUAACGGGAAGGGAAGUUUUAAACGCCAUACCUUUUGACUUAACUGAACUGUAAAUGUUUAACUGCUUUAAUUGAACCACAAGGCCACCGUUUUUGAAUUCUUGCGGCUAACCGCACGCGCUCUAUAAUAAUAUAACCGAUAAAUGUCUCCAUGACAACGCGUGUGUUGUACAUAGACUGUACGGUGUUGUAGUAUCGAGAGCAUCAGCCGCCAGCUAACGUACUGUUAAAGUCUGUAGCAUGUUUACUCGAUGCUGAGGAGAUGUUUAUACAGCACAACCUGCUGACAGAUAUUAGGUAGCUCACAACUGGAUGGCUGCAUCGAGGUCCAGGAUGAAACACGAUCAGUCUGCGCUUCAGUAACCGUGACUGGAGGCUCAUAGGAGAGUCUUCAUUAUGUACCACAGCUGUGUCGCCGUCCUGCCGAUCAUUUCCACUGCUCGAGACUGAUAUUUUGUGGCUUUUCUGAACACUCGAGAUCCUCUAAGUGUUGCGCAAUGGCGGGUGUUGGGGUCAGUGUGCUGUCGCGACGUCAGCUGCCGUCUGCGUCCACCAACUCCUCUCCCACUGAUUCUGAUGCCCAGGGCUGCUCCAGCGGGGACUUCAUGGACUCAUUUGGCAUCUUCCUGCAGGGCCUGCUGGGAGUGGUGGCCUUUAGUACCCUUAUGUUGAAACGCUUCAGGGAACCCAAGCACGAACGGAGACCCUGGAGAAUCUGGUUUCUGGACACCUCCAAACAGGCCAUAGGGAUGCUGUUCAUUCACUUUGCCAAUGUCUACCUGUCUGACCUCACAGAGGAGGACCCAUGUUCACUAUACCUGAUCAACUUCCUUUUGGAUGCGACUCUGGGCAUGCUGGUGAUCUAUGGCGGCGUGAAGGCUGUUAGCGCUGUGGUUGAAUGGAAACAGUGGGAUUCGCUGCGUUUUGGAGAGUAUGGUGAGCCGGUUCAGUGCAGUGCCUGGGCGGGUCAGUGUGCUCUCUACAUACUCAUCAUGAUGUUUGAGAAGGUCAUGAUCAUGUUGGUCCUCCUCCUCCCUCAGUGGAAGAAGCUGGCUACGCUCAACCCCAUAACAAACCCUCAUCUGGAGUUAGCUAUCGUCAUGCUAAUUGUCCCGUUUUUCGUGAACGCUCUGAUGUUCUGGGUGGUAGAUAACUUCAUAAUGAAGAAGGGCAGAACAAAAGCCAAAUUAGAGGAGAGGGAAGCAGAAGAUGACCCUCGUGGCAGCAGCAAAGUGCGCUAUAGACGGGCACUGUCGCAUGAUGACUCUGAAUCAGAAAUUCUGUUCUCUGCAGAUGAUGAAAUGGAGGAUUCAGAUGGUGACGACGAUGUACGAAGACUCACAGGGCUCAAGCCUGUUAAGAAAAAGAAGCACCGUCUUGGUAUUCCAGUUUGAAUUCAAAUCAAUUUAGACUUGAGGCCUCCCUCAUUCUCAUGACCCCACCUCAUUUACCUGAACAUCGAUCAGAAAGUGAGGGGCAUGAAGGCUAACUCGUGCUCCAGUAGACAAACACUAGAGAAGCCUACGGACGUCACUAAAAGGUUUUUUGCUACCCUAUGUCAAAGGGUUUUGGCUUAGAGGAGAUGAUCAGACCAUAAUAUUUUCAGUCUGUCAAGGUUUUUUGUGCACAUUCAUAAUUCUGUACUGUGGCUCCUUUGUCGUGCUUAAAGAACAUGUGAUUCUCCAGUGGAUAUACAACACAACUACAUCUCCUCCUAGCAUCUGCCCAGCCUUUGAACUGCACAAAGCAAUUCAAAACCUUUUAAAAAGUGUCUACCUUACAAAUAACAUACUGAUGUAACACUAAAAUAAGUACCUUUAACCAUAUGCAUGUGACUGAUCACACUGACUUGGACAAACUGUUCAAGGUCACUCGAAGUUGGUUCCAAAGUUUGUGACUGUAGCUGCAGCAGAGUUUUGUGUGCGUGUCAGCUGUGAGGAAACUGUGCUGAUAAAUGUUAUAGAAUAACACUGGUCAGCAGUGUUAUAAGCCAGCAUUAUAAUACAGUUGGUACAGUCUGCUUUCAAUGUGUGUUUUUAACCAUUCGGCAGCAGACGAUUUAAAAUGGUACGUAAAUCCAGGGAUGGCUGUUUCAGACCCCUGACUGGGAUUGUUUUAUCUUACUGUUUGGCUUUUCAAUGUGUAUCUGCCUCAAUUCAGUGUCACUGUGUUCUAACACUAAUUUUUCCCGUUUUAAUUGUUGUUUGUGUGGCCUCUUAAAAGCACAGUUCACUCAAAAAUAAAAAUUCAGUCAUUUACUUCCCCUCAUGUUUUUCCAAACCUGUAUGAUUUUCAUUCUUCUGUAGAACAUUAUGAAGAACAUCACGGUUCAAAAAAACAUUGGACCCCUGACAAAGACAAAAUAUUUUUUUGUGUUUCACAGAAGAACAAGUCAUACAGUUUUUGAACAACAUGAUUGGGAGUGCACAACAUUUUUCAUUUUUGGGUGAACUGUCUUUAAACUUUUUGUUUCAGUUUUGCUACUCAUUGCAGGGUAGAUGCUUUGGUGCGGAUGCUUCUGUAACCUCUUGCACAGUUUGAUGCUACGUUGCGGUAUCUUGUAUGCAGUAUUACCUUCAAGUUUUCUCUGUUUUUAAGCAUUACCCUUUGCCUCUAUAUAAUAUUUACCACUCGGACACUGUCAAACUCUAAACACUAAACCAGCAGGCCUUUCUUCCAAAUGCUUUCACAUCCACCCUCACACUUUUGUGCUCUAUGGAGCAUUUGAUUUUAUUCCAACACUAAGGCACAGAUCCUUGGAGGGGGAUGAAUUUGCACCAUGCAUUCUCUGCAAAAAUCAUAAACUUGAGACUGCAUAUGUCAGAUUAUUCUUUGUAAUCUUUAUUCUGAAGAUGGAUGUAAUGUGAAUGGGAAGAUGGCUGUAGGUUUAGAGUUGGAGUGAAUGUAAUUGGGCUACAGGAUCAGUUGUCUUACUGCUAGUAUUGUCAACCUGAUAUUUAAUGGACCAAGUUUGUGCGUUUGUGUUUUACAGGGAUGAAUUGAAACCAGGCUUUCUGGUCAGGCCUGCUGGAUUCAACAAGGUUACUGAUAAGGAUUUUGUCUAGGUGGAAAUAUAACUGCCUUUCCCUCUCCGGGUUUGAUUCUGACUAUUUUUACAGAUCAGUCUUGGUAACAGUUGGUGGAGAAUGAAACAAAUUGGAUGUGGAGGGGGAUGUUAAGUACUAAACAAUAUUAGAUGAUUAAGAUUUACUGACAAAUUGUGAACUUAUGUAUGCUUUUUCAAUAAACAGUGUAAAAAUA